AUGGCCCCGUUGAAGACCUGGCUGCAGCUUGAUCCACGCUCCCAUUUCUCCAUCCACAAUCUUCCUUGCGGCAUCAUCUCAACCGUUGCUUCCCCAGAGCCUCGACCAGCCACGGCUAUUGGGAAUUACGCAUUGGACUUGCGUGCGUUUGCUCAGGGCAAUGGAUUCGCCAGGCUGUCCACUAUCCAGCCACAUCAAGCCGUCUUCUCGCAACCUACUCUCAAUGCCUUUGCCACUCUAGGUCGACCGGUCCAUCGCGUGGUCAGAGAGUACCUCCAGAGCAUCUUGCUUGAGAAUGGACCAUUUCCGGAAAUAUUGGAGCGGAAUGAGGCGUUGCAAAAAGAGGCGUUACUUCCUCUGAAUGAGUGCAAGAUGCACUUGCCCAUGCAGAUAGGUGACUACACCGUAAGUCGGCUUCGCAAUCGGUACGAGACGGUGUUACUGUACACAUGCCUAACAUAUGACAGGAUUUCUACGCUGGCCUCAAUCACGCCUACAACGUUGGUGUUCUGUUCCGUGGGCCUCAGAAUGCCCUUCAGCCGAAUUACAAGCACCUGCCUGUAGGUUAUCACGGGCGUGCAAGUUCUGUCGUCGUUUCCGGAACCCCUAUUCGGCGACCAACUGGCCAAAUACUAGCAGAUCCUGCAGCUGAGAUCAAGAGACCUACCCUCAGCCCUUGCAAGAAGCUAGACGUGGAGCUGGAGCUCGCAUGCUUUGUAUGUAAGCCGUCGGCGUUGGGAGAGCCCGUCAGCGUGACCAACGCACCGGAACACUUGUUUGGCGUCGUGCUCAUGAAUGACUGGUCAGCCCGUGACAUUCAGGCAUGGGAGUACGUUCCUCUAGGACCGUUCAACUCCAAGAAUUUCGGAACCACAAUCUCACCGUGGGUGGUCUUGAUGGACGCUUUGGAGCCUUUUGCCACGACGGGUCUGGAUAACGACACCCAGCUACUUCCGUACUUGGAUGAACAGGGGCGCAAGUCGCACUAUGCGAUCGAUCUUACCUUCUCCUUGGCGACUCGGAGCGGAAAGACUACGACUCUCACAAGGACGUCAGCAACAGAAUUGCUCUUCUCCUUCCCUCAAAUGCUGGCUCAUCACACCAUAGGAGGGUGUCCGUUCAACGUCGGCGACCUGAUGGGUUCGGGCACAAUCAGCGGCAAGUCGAAGGAGGAGAAGGGAGCUCUGUUGGAACAGACCGAGAAUGGCAAAGUGAAGUUGCAGCUUGAAGGCGGGGAGACGCGUACGUUUCUUGAAGACGGCGAUACUGCGAUCCUCUCUGGGGUGUGUGGGCAAGAAGAAUACGCAUUCGUAGGCUUUGGAGAGUGCGUCGGGCGCAUUGAGCCUGCUUUGGAUUUAGCAGGCUGA